GGGAGUCCGCUCCCUCUUUCUUUUUAAUCCCGCUAGCUGCCUCCAUGCCGAGCCUGAAUCAUUCCCGUUGAUUACAGGGAAGAUGGUAUGGAUUUGGGAAGUGACCCUUGUAGUCGCGCAAGUUCCGAAUCAAGCUCCAACAAAGUGACACCAUGCUCUGAGUACAAAUCCUCACCGAGUCUGGAACUUGCCACAUUGGGGGACUAUGAAGAAGAUGAAGAUUAUCAGGAAUAUAAAAAGAAGGUGAUAGAAGAGUGGGAAAGUGAAUAUGGUGACUACUCUGAGAACAAUGGCUUUGUUAAAGCGUCUAGCAGGAGUUUAGCACAGGAGAUUCAAGAAGUUAAAGUCAUCCCACCAGUACCUUCGAUUGUCACUACAGGUGAAAUGAAACAAAAUGGCAACAUAGCUCCAACUAAGCGAGGUGGAAAAGAAAAUAAGACUCUUCCAAAGCUGCAGAAGGCAUUGCAAGUAACGGGUGGCAGCGCGACCACAAAACGGUUGGAGACCUCGGGGACUUUUGUCACAGAAGAAGCACAGCUUCCAACCAUGGAUUGGGAAGCCCUAGAAAAACACCUUGCAGGUUUACAGUUUCAAGAGCAAGAAGCACAAAACCAAAACCAGAGCCAGACAAAAACAAACUUCACAUCAGCCCAAAAAAAUGAGAGAGAAUCAAUCCGACAGAAGUUGGCGCUGGGCAGUUUCUUUGAUGAUGGCCCAGGAAUUUACACCAGCUGUAGCAAGAGUGGCAAACCCAGCCUGUCUUCACGGCUUCAGAGUGGAAUGAAUCUGCAGAUCUGUUUUGUUAAUGACAGUGGAAGUGACAAGGACAGUGAUGCAGAUGACAGCAAGACUGAAACAAGCCUUGAUACCCCUUUGUCGCCAAUGAGCAAACAGAGUUCGUCGUACUCUGACCGAGACACUACUGAAGAAGAGUCUGAGUCACUUGAUGAUAUGGAUUUUCUUACAAGACAGAAGAAAUUGCAAGCUGAGGCUAAAAUGGCUCUUGCUAUGGCAAAACCAAUGGCGAAAAUGCAAGUUGAAGUCGAAAAGCAGAACAGAAAGAAGUCCCCUGUGGCUGAUCUGUUGCCUCAUAUGCCCCACAUCAGUGAAAGCUUGAUGAAGCGAAGCCUCAAGCCGACAGACCUGCGAGAUAUGACUAUUGGCCAGCUGCAAGUUAUAGUCAAUGAUCUACACUCCCAGAUUGAGAGUUUAAAUGAAGAGUUGGUCCAGCUUCUACUUAUUAGGGAUGAGCUGCACAUGGAACAAGAUGCCAUGCUGGUGGACAUAGAAGACCUUACCAGACAUGCUGAAAGUCAGCAGAAGCACAUGGCAGAGAAAACAACAGCUAAGUGAAACUGAGAUGCCUCCAACAAGCCACGAGAUCAGAGAGGGGGAAAAAAAAAGCUAGAUUUUACUUUGCUUCUGUCGUUGUAAAAUGCUGACGCUCAAGAUGGUGCACUUCAAGAAAAUCAGUGUUAGUCAUUGGUACUGUUUGAAGCUUUAUGUCCAGUGAUUGGCCUAUGCUUCUUUUAUAAUUUAUUUUAAUAUGAUUACAUUUGUCACUGAGUUGUAUCGGGCAUUUCAGUAAAAUGUUGGUAACUGAUAUGCAAUCUAGUAAAACUGAAAUGUGCAGAAUUGGAAGAUAUGUAAAGUAGUUAAGAGAAGCUAACUUCUUACUGCUUGGAUUUUAGUUAAACAGUAUUUUACCAUGGACCUCUUUUUAUUCUUCACAGAUGGUAGUUUUAAACAAAUGAACUUUAUUUAAAGGUGCUAUUAAAGUCAAAGAAUACAUGCCUGCCUUGUAGUGAAGUUGUAGCUAUUGGUGAUUAGGUCACUUUAAUAAGUUUUCAACAUUUUGUAAAUGUUGAUUACCUGACUCAACCAUUUUAAAGUGUGUUAAUAUAAUUUCAGUCAAUUGGAUUCAGAAAUGUUAUCUGGAAAUGUU